UCUAAUUUUAAUACCCCCUUGCAGAUAUGAAGACCUUCCUAAUUGCUGCUGCCUGCUUCGCCGUGGCCGUUGCUGGCCCCACGCGCUUUGUUCUCCCGGGAGUCGCUGGACCUGCUCCCAUCAUCGACCUCGACGAAUACGAGCCCAUCCAUGUUGGACCCGCAAUCGUCGAAGGCGAAUAUGAGCCCAUCCAUGUUGGACCCGCAAUCGUCGAAGGCGAAUACGAGCCCAUCCAUGUUGGACCCGCAAUCAUCGAAGAGGUCGCACCUGUGAGCUCUCCUCUUGUUCAGAUCAUCAUCAACGUCAAGCCCGGCUCUGAAAACCUUGUGUCUGUUGACCCUACACCCGUCAUCGUGCCCGAGGUUGAGCCCACACCCGUGAUCGUCGUCGAAAAUCCUGAGGUUCCCGACCCCGUCAUCGUCGCUCCCGUCAUUAUCCCCGAGCCCGUCAUUACCCUCCCUGGCAUCCUCAACUAAG